UCAAGUCGAUUUUCCGCCGUCAGCUACAGAUGCGGCACCUGCGAGUGCUCUAUGAAGACCAUGUUGGGGCACAGGGCGGAGCGCCAAACGAAGAAGACGGUUCGUCAGUGCACGAGGAGGAUCUGGAUGUGGAAUUAAGAGUGCUGCAGAAACGCAAAAUGAUCGCUAAUUUGCGUCGGGAGUUGGAAGACAUCGAACAAGCGCAAGGUAAACCGCCGACUAUUCAGGACGUAAUUGGUUCGGUCCAGCGAUUUUCCGGAGGAGACACAUCCGACGCGAACAGAUGGCUCAACGAUUUCGAAUCUGCGUGCGACUCUUUGGAAGGCGAUGAUGAUUUCAAGUUGAAAUGUGUUCGACGUUUAAUGGAGCCAGGAACGGAGGCGGAAUGGUUCCUUCGUGUUGACAAAUCCGCAAAUUAUCGACAGUUCCGUGUUAACUUCCUGGACAACUUCGGCCAUGUUUACACCGUUGCUGAAAUUGUCGACAAGCUGCGCAAAACAACUUUUGACGCCUCCCAAAUGUCGGUUACUGCAUACAUCCUGAGGAUGCAGGAGAUCGCCUCAAGGGCGAACAUUGAUGAGAUUCAAACAGUACAGUUCAUCAUCGAUGGGUUCCAGGACCGUUCAGCAAGCAUUGCAGUUCUCUACCCGGCCAGGGAUCUGGCCCAUCUGAAGCAGCUUUCACGUCGAUAUGUGCAGUUGCGAGAAAUGUGUCCUGCGCCGAUCCGGACUCAACCAGCGAAGCAAAAGAUCAAGCCUACGACAUCCAAACCGGAAUCGCCAAGAUGCUAUAACUGCUCCGAUAUUGGCCAUUUGUCUGCAGAUUGUAAGGAGCCACGCCGAGCGAAGGGUUCUUGCUUCCGAUGCGGUUCUACUCAGCAUCAGCUUAAGGAGUGCCCGAGACCAGCCCCACGCAACAACAGCCAGGUGGCUCUAGUGGAUGAAUUUCGCCAGAAUGCCGGUGGCGACCGCCAAUCCGUUGGUGAACUAGGAGCAGUUCUCUCUGAGUUGAAUAUCUCCAAUUAGUUUUGUCCGACGCUCGAUAGUUCCACAAUCGAUGGGACUGAGUGAUAAGGCGAAUUCAGGAUACAAGAGCAUAGGCAACUUCCCACUAUGCACCUUUGGAGUUAUUGGAGCAUCUGUUUCAUUUCGUGACCGUAAAACAUGUUUAAGGGUACAUGUAGUACCCGAUAAUUAUCUUUGUGUUCCGUUAUUACUAGGACGGAAUUUUUUGAAUGAAUUUGGCAUUACUUUAUACGAUACAAGAUUUAUCGAUUCCGUUAAUACAAAACCAAAAUUUGAAAUUGAAAUUGGACCUGACCCAAAUCGAAUAAAAAUUUUUGGA